UCAACUAAUCAGCUUGACUCUCUUAUUAAUAUUCCUAACUUGUCUGAGCUCCUAGAUACUAUAAUCUUAUCUAUAACUUCUUCUAUUUUAAUUUCUUCAGUUUCUUUUUCUUCUUUAGUUGAUGAAGAAGCUAAUAAUUUUAGUAAUAUUCUAUCUUCAAUUGUAACCUUUGUUCAAGUUAAUAAUAAAAAUAGUUUAAAUAGUUUCUCUAUCUAUGUGUUUAAUCUCUUAAGUAGUAACUUUAAUAAUAAGAAUAGGAUGGCACUACCUCUUAAUAUUAAUAACAGAGAUAAUUCCUCUCCUCUAGGUCAUAUUAAUACUCUAGUUUUAGCUUCCGCACAUAGCAUAGUUCCAACCCUGUUGAAAACUAGUGAUGAUCUUUCUUCACCAAUUAAUAAUAGAAUUAAUAAAGUUGACACUCUG